AUGAAUAUUGAUGCCGGUGCGGGCAGGCGGUCAGAUCCAGUGGAUGCCUUGGAGCCCGACUCUGAACACUUUGAAGGUGUUGGCGUGUUUGUGGGGCAAGAGACGCUGGCUCACAUGCUCGCUGGCAUCGACCAAAGCUCCCAACGGGAUUCAGAGCGUGUCCAUAGAGUCACCGAGCGCAGCGUUCAAGUUCCCAUUACCUACCAGAAACUGUCCACCAGCUUUGAGAAGAUGCGCUAA